GGCAGGAGAAACAAUUUCCGGCUUGAACGGUUCCGGUCAAAAACUUGUGUCACUUCGCCCUUUUUCGGCUCCGUCGUCGCCGUACGUGCAGGCGAUAGGUAGUCUCCGUGACAUAAUCGCGUUUAAAAAAUGGCGUACACCUUAGCGCGACCUUUGGUAAACGUUUACAAUGAGAAGAAUGAGCUGUCCGGCGCCACUGUUGCGCUGCCGGCCGUCUUCAAGGCGCCCAUCCGGCCGGACAUCGUGAACUUCGUUCACAUGAACAUGGCGAAGAACAGCCGCCAGCCGUACGCAGUCUCCAAGGAGGCCGGACACCAGACCUCGGCCGAGUCCUGGGGCACUGGCCGUGCUGUGGCUCGUAUUCCCCGCGUUCGCGGCGGAGGUACCCACCGCUCAGGUCAGGGUGCUUUUGGAAACAUGUGCCGCGGUGGUCGCAUGUUUGCGCCGACCAAGACGUACCGUCGCUGGCACCGGCACAUCAACGUGGCCCAGAAGCGCUACGCCAUCUGCUCAGCGGUGGCGGCCUCCGGUGUGCCGGGGCUGGUGCUCUCCAAGGGUCACAAGAUCGAGCAGAUCCCUGAGGUGCCCCUGGUGGUGAGUGACAAGGUGCAGGACCUGACCAAGACCAAGGAGGCAGUGCUGUUCCUCAAGAAGGUCAAGGCAUGGACAGACGUGGAGAAGGUGUACAAGUCUCGUCGGCUGCGUGCUGGCAAGGGAAAGAUGAGGAACCGCCGUCGCAUCCAGAGGCUGGGUCCACUUGUCAUCUACGAAGCAGACCAUGGCUUGACUCGUGCCUUUAGGAACAUUCCUGGUGUUGACACUCUACGCGUUGACCAGCUGAACCUGUUGAAGAUGGCGCCUGGUGGUCAUGUGGGUCGCUUUGUCAUUUGGACCGAAAGUGCUUUCCGGCGGCUGGAUAAGAUCUACGGCACAUGGAAGAAGCCCUCGGCAGAAAAAAAGAGCUUCAGUUUGCCCAAGCCCCAGAUGACGAACUCGGACAUUAACCGUAUCCUCAAGAGUGAGGAAAUUCGUCACCUCCUAAGGGCACCACAGAAACGUGUCGUCCGCCGCACUCAGAAGAAGAACCCGUUGAAGAAUGUCAACGCCAUGUUGAGGCUCAACCCGUAUGCAGCGGUCACUCGACGGGCUUCUAUUCUCCUCAACCAGAAGCGCAAGAUGAAGAGGCAGUUGAUGAUCGCUGAAAAGAAAGGCGUGAAGCUGGAUGAGAGCAAGCUGAAGCCGUGGCAGCUGUCUCUGAAGCAGUCCUUUGAGGCCCGCAGGGCAGCCGCGAUCAAGAAGAGGGGCGGCAAGGCCAAGGAGCCCGCUGCUUCCAAGAAGCCCACAAAGAAGGCCGGAGGCAAGGGCAAGAGCACGGCCAAGACAGCAGCGGCCAAGAAGUGAAUCAGACCGUUUCACAUAAAAUAAAAAAAGGGUCCCUGCG